GAGCAAGGGUCAACAAAAAAAAUAGUUUGCCAAACUACUGUCAAGAGUGCUCAUAACUCGAAAAUAAGACGUGACCUUGUAUUGUUAACCAUGCACUCAAAGAGAGGAGCAUAAUGUCUAAGCGACAGCUGUGAGCUGUGCGGGUGGGCAGCAAUGACUAAAAAGUGGGUGUGUUAACUGCAAAAAAAAGGAAAGCCGAAAACUAAACUAAAACGUAAAACGUAAAAGCAGUCUGACCAAAAAUAAGAGUCAUGUGCUGUGUGUGGUAAUUAAGAGCAGACAAUGGCCCGAAGCAGUGCAGUUGGGAGCCACCACACAAUAAUAACGCUGGCAAACAGCAAACGGCUUGUUUUGUGGGCUGUGGUCCUGGUCCAGUUGGGUUUCAUUGGCUGCAUUUGGCUGCUGCAGAAUAAUCGCAGCCAGCAGAUGCAGCAGCAACCUGAACUGGACCUGAUGGGACGUGUGCAUUUCGUGCGGCAGUCGCGAAAUGCCAGGCUUAAGCUGGAUGAGAUGCAGCAUAUUCGGCGAUCGCAUUGUUUGCCCAGCGAGAACAUAAAUCGCUAUCAGCAGGAUUUCUAUCAAAUGAAAGCGGAUCAAGUAAAUCGCUCGGCGGACUAUGCUGCACCAAUAUACAUGGAUCUGGAGCUGGCGCCAGCGCUGUGGUGCUAUCGGGAGGGCACACUCAACGAGUCGCGCAACGAGCGCAACAACAUUGACUAUCUGCAGGCACAGCCGCAGUGUCUGUGUGCCAGCGGUUGGCAUGGCCGGGACUGUGGACAGCCGGAGAUUAUAUGGCGGGCGUUGAUGACGCAUCGACGCACCGGUCGUGGCAAUGAUGAGGCGCCAUUGAAGUUGCGCGAGGCGAGCAGCACAUCGUUGAAGCGUCUCUAUUAUAUGCUCGAGCUGGGCGAUUGGGAGCACAUCAAUAUGGAGCUGCUCGAACUGCAGCUGCGCACCCUAAUCCACGUUGUGGACUAUUUUUGUAUCUACUACUAUGUAAGAGAGCGACCCACCAAGCACACGGAUUUGACGAGACGAUCGCUGGAACGGCAACUGGAUGCAAUGCUUAUUAGCAGCUAUGUGCUGUACCAGUGCGAGAAUCACUCCCACUGCACCAGCGCCGUGGCAUACAAUUAUUUUCGUUAUCAGCUAUGGAUGCUGUGCAGCAUUCAAAUGCAGCCCACCGAUUUGCUAUUGUUUGGCAAUGGCGAAACUGUUUAUGCACCGAUUGCAUUGAAAUUUCUCAAAUACUUUGCCGCAGAUGUGCUGCCUCUGCGUUUCCGGCUUAAGCACAAUGUGUACGGCUUCUACUGGCAACAUCCGGAACGGACGCGUCUGCAAGGCGUCAUUGGGUCAGUGAUGCACAUGCAUGGCGAUCCGCAGCGAAUGGAGCGACAGGCGAGCUAUACGCUCGGUGAUCUCAAUCACUAUGGCGGCUGGAGCUGUGAGCUCUGCAUGCCGCCCGAGCAGAUUGUGCACAAGCUGACGGCAAGCGCUGUUGAGAGACCAGGGGCGAGCAGCACCGUGCGUUUGCCCAAUGGGACCCGAAGUUCCCGCAUUGAUGCCGCCUAUGUGCAACAACUGAUGACGGCUGGCAUGCAUCUGGACGGCACCACAAUGCUGUUGCGUCUGCGGCAACAGAGCGAGAAAUAUUAUGCGCCGGAAACGGCGCUAAUUCAUAGCAGUCAAUUUGGUCAAUUGCUUGUCAAUUUGUAUGAUACGAAUGAACUGGACGAUGUGCAGGAGGACGAAGACUAAUGACUUAUGACUAGCACAUUGAAAGUCACGGUUAAAUCCUAAUCAUCCUAUCCACCCGGCUAGUUGUACUCAUAUACAUAUAUUAUUAAUGUGCCUGCUUUCCGAUCUUACACGCUUUACUUUAAGCUAAACAUAUCGUCAUAUUUAAUCGUAUCUCAUUCAUUGAAUUAAUUCAAAAUUUAAAAUUUAGUAUCUCAGCAGGCAGACAGCGCCACCAGACGCCAGACGACGACCAUCUCUGUGAUAAGAAACUAAACUAGAGAAAUGUAUUUCAAAUGAUUCUCAAAUUUCAUGGAAUUUGCUGUUGUGAAUUAAGUUAUAAAGUACGUAAUUUAAGUAUGCCAAUCCAAAAUAUAAACAAUUUAAUUUGUUUAUGAAUCUAUUAAAAAU